CACCCCGUAACCGUCAAUAGUCAACCUUUUCGCUCAAAAUGGGUCGCCGACAGCGCCUGAUCAGCAACUCCAUUCUGCGUGCGAUCUUCAGGGCUAAACCGAUAGAGAACGAUGCAGAGGCGCGUCCUGGAUUCUUCGCGCGUGUCCUGGCCUUCUUUACCUUCUUUCAGCUCGCGCUUACCAGAUACCGCGCUUCGCUCUUCAAGAAAUUGAGGAACGAACAAUGGCAGAUCGAAGAGGAGGAGUAUACGGAAAGUUUUCGCAGCUCGAGCCAGGGUAAACGGACGGAUUUGAUCGCAGCUGGGGAUCUGGGUUAUUCCGGCUCUACCUUCUUUACGACACCAAACUCAAAGUACCUGGUCAAAUCCCUGCCUCGACACUUCGAGCAGUCAUUCUUCCGCCAACGUCUUCUUGAGCCUUACGUUGAACACAUGGAGUUCAACAAAGAUUCUCUCCUCGUGCGCAUCACCGACCUUCUCUAUUCUCCUACAGCCACAAUCGGAUCUGCUCUUGGUUUCGCGCCUAGUCACCACAUUGUCAUGGAGAACAUUCUUUACGGAAAGACAAGUUGUAGUAAACACCAACAAGACCAAUGGGAAACCUACGACCUCAAACCAAACGACUACUUCUAUCCUGAACGCGAUGUCGCAGGCGGCGCACUGGCCCCCCAGAGCGUAAAGGACCGCCUUAUCGACGAGUUUCCUGACAAAAUUCGAGUGACGAUCGAUCAGAAAGAAGAGCUCGUCGCACAGUUGUCCAGGGACUCGAAAAUUUUGCGAAACAACAAUGCCGUAGACUACUCGCUAUUCCUCGUGCGCUACCCAGCUGACAUCAACGGUGUUCCUCCACCACCCGGACGCGGCUCGUCAUGGCGCACAGGUAUAACGUCUCGUGAUGGAAGGUGGAUCUACCGAGCGAUCGUCCUAGACUUCUUUUGGGCAAAAGAUGCAUUCCAAGCGCAAACUCUGACCGGCCUGGUAAAGCUGUUCAACGCGCUGAAGUGGGGCAAAAACCACGGACCUAUGAGCAUCACAACGACGAGCGAAGAGUACAGACAGAGAUUUCUCGGUAUGAUCGACAACAUGGUCGAAGUACCCGAUAGCGCUGGGCGGCCGGCCGGGGAGAUCAGAAGUCCCACACCAAGGACUGUCGAAGAGGUCUAGGAGUCGUGCAAGGAUGCUAAGUCGGGACGAGGUUGGGCUGUGCUAGCAUUUCAGCGAUGGAGUUUGGAUUUGUUCCCGUUACAUAGAUGAUACCCUAUUAAUUGCAACACAACCAAAUUUAUGUCAGCG